ACAACAUCCUCACUCUUCGCACCUGCUGCUGCCUUCGUCGCAACCGCAAUCAUGCCUCCAACGACGUUACAUGUCCAGCCUCAACUGAAUUUCUUCACUGCGCUCGAAGAUCACCAGUCGCAUACUCCAGAAACAUUCUACGAUGCUAAGCCUGUGCUUCAUUACCACUCGGCGGAUAUCACUGCAUUGAGUGCUCGGGAUCAGGUCGCGCGGCUUCCAUUCUUCUCAUCUGCCACAGAUGGAACCGCAACAGAGGUAGAGGGGGACGGCAGUGCCGUGAAUGAGCAAGUAACGGCGUACAUCAGCUCCGAAAACGUCACAAUUUUCAAUUCAAAUGCAAAUAUUGGCCUUUCGAUUCCCUACCCUGCCAUCUCCCUGCAUGCAAUACAACGACUGGAUGAUCCGUGCCACCCAGGACAGCAAGUACAAGGACUUUACAUGCAGCUUGAGUUGUUGGAUCCCCUGGCAGUCAGUGACGAUGACGAGCCCGAUGUGGUGGAAUUGACUCUGAUACCCCCGACUACCGGGAAUACCAGCGACAUCCAAAAGCUUUUCGACGCGGUCUCGAAUUGCUCGAAUCUGCAUCCAGAUCCUAGCUUUGAAGGCGAUGAAGAUAUGGAAGAUGGCGAUGAUCGGAUAGUUUUCGAAGGAAAUGUUGGUUAUGAAGGUAUCAGCGGACUUCCGGGAGUACAAAGAGGUGCUGCUGAUGGUAGUCUGCCUCCGCCAUUCCCGGGCAGUGGGGGAUGGAUCACUGCUGAGAACGUGUCAGAAUACUUUGACGAGGAUGGCAAUUGGAUUGGAGGAGAAGAGGCCGGGAAUGCAGAGAGUCUGGGAGACGGCGCCGGAAGGAUCAGAACGCGGGAGGAAAUGGAUGGUGGUGUGAAUGGCGACGGAGAUAAUCAUGAACUCGAUGAUAACAAACGGCCGAGAACGGAUUGAGGUUGGGAUUGAGGAAGAGAAUGAGGAAGCAUGUUGCGAGGGAAGAUAAGAAAUGAAACGGGCUAGAAACCGACCAGCUGGUACGCCGCCAGGCCCCUGAAUCUGUCAAAUAUCAAAUAUCCAAAGGCGAAAAUGGACAUGCUUGCGAGUGCCAUGCAACGGUACCGAAUGUCUGGACACCUAAAUUGUGGGAAGUUGUCAGC